UACCCGCACGGCUGCGGAGAUAACGGCAAUGUCUUGGCGGCAGCAGUAGGGCUCGCGAAUGGAUCACCAGAAAGCGGUCUCACGCUGCAAGCCAGAAGCGCCGACGAUUCCGAUUCGCCGGCGGGAGAACCGGAGUCCUGCACUGAUUGGUUGUCAACCAGCCGUCCAGUUCAAGGCGGCGCGCGACCAGAUCCGUGGGCGUUUACUAAGUUGACACCCCGAGUUUCCCCGUGCCUGGUAGCGGGGCUGCCUAUAGAGGAGCUCGAUGCGCACCUGAACUUCCGCCGGGGGUGGACCCUCGGGUUCGUGGAGGACGUGGAAGACAAAACGCAGAUUCUGCCGUUGUUGCGAGGCGCCAUGGAUCCUAAAAUGCACACAAG